AUGGCGACAUUUGAGAAAAAGGAGAAUUACAUCGUACAUUAUAGGAACCUACAGCAGGCCAUUAAGAAUGGUUUGAUAGUUGAAAAAGUACAUAGAGUGAUACAGUUCAACCAGUCAGAUUGGUUGGCUAAAUAUAUAGAUUUAAACACCGAAAUGAGGAAAAAGGCUAGGAACGCAUUUGAGAAAGACUUCUUUAAAUUGAUGAAUAACGCUGUAUUUGGAAAAACUAUGGAAUCGAAACGAAAACAGCUGAAAAUAGAGUUGGUAUCCUGUGAGAGGAGGUUACAGAAAUGUAUUAAUAAAACUACUUUUAAACACUGCACUAAUUACAAUGAAAACCUCAAUGCAGUAGCGUUGGAGAAUAAGAUAAUUAAAUUUGACAAACCUAUAUAUAUUGGAUUUUCAGUGCUGGAUAUCAGUAAGACGUUGAUGUAUGACUAUCACUACAAUGUUAUGCAGAAGCACUAUAGGGAUAAAAUUAAGCUAAUGUACACUGAUACAGAUUCGUUGAUAUACCAUAUUAAAACUACUGAUUUUUAUGAAGACUUGGCAGCUACUCACAGCUUGUUGGAUCGAAUGGAUACAGCUAACCUACCCAGUGAUCAUCCAUGUUAUGUUGCAGUUAGAAAGAAGGAACCUGGGUACUUCUCAGAUGAAGUAGAUGCUGAUAUAAUCACCGAAUUUUGUGCAUUGAGGGCAAAGUCCUACGCUUUUAAUGUAUAUGCAGGAGAAGAGGAUGCGGUGAGAGAUAAGGACGACAAGGAUAAAGUUGGUGGUGAAAAAAUUAAAGCAAAGGGGAUAAGGCAGCAUGUGGUUAAGAACCACAUGACAUUGGAAGACCACAAGAAAUGUUUAUUUGGAGAAGCUGGCGUGGAGGCGUAUAAGGAUAACGUGUCAAUACGGUCAUUCAAACAUCAACUCAUGACGAUUAAGACGAAAAAAUUAGCAUAUAACAGCUAUGAUGAUAAGAGGUUGGUGCUGCAAGAUAAAGUACACACACUGGCCCAUGGACAUUAUAGUAUAGAGGAAGAUGAACCAGAGGAUGAUUGGCCGGAAUUAGAUUUUAUGGGGGGGAACUGGAACGAGGAAGAGAAAGGCUUAAUGAGAGACCUUCUACAGUGCCUAACCUAA